AUGAAAAUUAGGGGCCUCCUCCCCCUAGGAGCUCUUACCGCAAGAGCAACCGCACAAGACAACAACGCGAUCUUCGAACCCCAAGAUUUCAACGUCACUGCAGCUCUCGAAAACAUUGGUGUCGAUAUUUCGAAAAUUCCAGAGUCUGAUUCUACACUGAACUCGCGAUCUUCAUCCGCGCAAUGUUCACAUGCGGUAACUUUAUCCAUAAUUUUCAGCUCUGACCAAGUUCUACCUGAAAAUGCAAAUUCGUACAGCAACUUCACUAGCUCAUACUGGUCAGCUCAACAGGGCGCACUUCGUCCCUCAUGCGUGUUUAAGCCCAAGUCGACGCUAGAUGUGUCUACAGUAGUUCUCGUGUCAAGAUUGUACCAGUGCCCCCUUGCUGUGAAAGGUGGCGGUCAUGCAGCAUGGGCUGGGGCUUCUAGUAUCCAAGAUGGCAUCACGAUCUCGAUGGAAAAUUUUAGGAGAGUAGAAGUAGCGGCGGAUAAGCAGAGUGUGGGUAUCGGGCCGGGGCUUCGCUGGAUAGAUGUGUAUACUGCGAUUGAGAAAGACGGUCUUAGCGUUGCAGGAGGGCGGAUGGCGCCAGUCGGCGUACCAGGGCUCCUUCUCGGAGGCGGCAUUUCCCAUUUUGCCAGCAAGCGUGGGUGGGCUUGUGACAAUGUAGCAAGUUUCCAGCUGGUUACUGCCUCGGGCAUUCCCAUUAAUGUCAGCGCGUCAUCUUACCCUGAUCUAUAUUGGGCGUUGAGAGGUGGAGGUAACAACUUUGGAAUUGUGACAAAUUUCAAACUAGAUGCUUUCCCGCUGGGCGAUAUGUGGGGAGGCCAGCGUGUGUACUUGGAGAACUCUUUUCCCGCUGUUCUCGAUGCGAUCCACGAAUUCACCAUAACCGGAUCGGUCAGAGAUGAAGAUGCUGCACAGAUUGUUACAUUCGCCAGUGCCCCGGGCAUCGGCAAGGUCGCUUUUGCAAACCUGCACUACGCCAAACCGAUUACCAACGCCUCAGUCUUUUCCAGCUGGAACAACAUCACCGCCAUCCAGGACACCACCGGUCUCCGUCCAAUGUCAGGAAUGGCCAAUCUUCUCAACGAAGGCGCUCCCGGACCAGGUGCCUACCAAACAUGGUGGGGAAUCAGCCUGAAAAUGGACAGACAACUCCUCGAUUUCAUAAUCUCAACUUUCUUCACCCAAGAAGCCAUCACCGCCAACGUCGAAAAGAUUCUCCUCAUCAUGGCCAUCCAACCCAUCACCGAAAGUGCCCUCAAAGCCAUGCAAAAGAACGGCGGAAACGCCCUCGGCAUCGAUCCCUCCAACGGCCCUUACUUCAUCCUAAAUUUCAACGCCGCCUGGACCAAACCCGACGACGAACCAAAAUUCCACGCCGUCAUUGCGAAGACAAUUCAGCUCAUCAAAGCAGGGGCUCAGAAGAGAAAUCUAGACAACGACUUUGUGUAUUUGAACUAUGCGUCGGAGUUCCAGGACCCGAUUGGAAGUUAUGGGAAGGAGAAUAAGGAGAGAUUGGUACGGAUAUCGCAGAAGUAUGAUCCGAAGCAGGUGUUUCAGUAUUUGCAACCUGGGGGGUUCAAGUUGGUUAAGGGGGCGCCGAAGGGUCGUGUGCCAGAUGGAUUGUUGUAG